ACUCACUAAAGAAAGAAAGAAGAACUCACAGUUUGUUUAGAUGUUCAGCUGCUGCGUCUUUAAUACAUUUCUGUCACUUCUCUGUUUCUAUUCUUGAUGAUUUCCUCUCUUUCAUGACAGCAAACCAAACGUUUUCUCUUUGUUUUGACAAGAGCUUUAAAUAUCCUGUUUCAGGAGUCUUAUUGAGUUUUUGUGUUGAGAUGUUGAAGAUGAGUUUGCAGGUGGAUUUGAUGUGCUGUAAAUCAGUAGGAACUGAUCUGUCCAUGCUGGAUAUUGAUGAUUUGAUGACAGAAAUCUCUCAGCUGAAGAAAGAGGUGGCGUUACUGGAGGCAAAGCUGAGGGAAAGAGGAGAUCCACUGAACGGAGAGGAGCUGGAGAAGGUUUCCUGUCAAUCUUCAGUGUGUGUGACUGAUGGGACCUCCACAGAAUGUCAGGAUUCAGUGUGGAGCGUCAGAGAUCAGAGAUCCAGAGACACACAGGACUCAGAGCUCAGCCUCACUUUACUCUGUUAUACUGACGCUCAGGAGAGUGUGUGUGACAGUAAUCAGGGUGAUCAAACCUCCACAGAGUCUCUGGCUUCUGUCUGUAACGCUGGAGAACAGCAGAUGCUGCAGAUACCAUUGAAGAUGUGUUCAGUGAAGCUGCUGGACUGCAGGAACCUGAUGGAGAUGAGAGGAGAAACCACAGCAGAGGAACAGCAUGAUGAUCACCAUGAAGAUGAGGAGGAGGAUGAUGAGGAUGUUGUUCAACAUGAUGAUCACCAUGAAGAUGUUAUUCAACAUGACAAUUAUGAUGAAGAUGAUGAGGAUGUUUUUCAACAUGAUGAUGAAGAUAAUGAUGACAGUCACUAUUAUGAGGAGAUGGAGGAUGGUAUUCAACAUGAUGAUCAUGAUGAGGAAGAGGAGGAGGAGAUUGAUAUUCCUUCAGAUGCAAAUAGAGGUUCAUGCUCCGAUGAAGAAACAGCUUCUACAUCAAAAGAGUGUCUGUCAGCACAGAGUCUUUCCUGCAUCACCUGUGAGAAGACAUUCAGUUUACAGGAACAUUUUAUGAGAUAUGAGGGAAAAGACACAGAGCAGAAACUCUACACCUGCAGGACAUGUGGAAGCAGCUUUUCUACCUCAAAAGAGAGGAACCGUCAUUCAAAAGUGCACAGACCACAGAAGGAGUUCCCCUGUGAUCAGUGCGGGAAGGUGUUCUUUGUUGGUUACGUCCUAAAAGCUCACAUGAAGACACACAGUGAUGAAAAGCCUUUUCAAUGCAGUGAGUGUGGCAAAUGUUUCAAAACUAAAAAAAGUCUUGUUGCCCAUAAGAGAAUACACACAGGGGAGAAACCGUACAAGUGUCCUCACUGUGAGAAGAGAUUCAACCACAAUCCUCAUCUGAAGAAACAUGUCCGUGUGCACACCAAUGAGAGGCCGUAUCAGUGCAGUGAAUGUGGGAAAACAUUUGCACGAAUAGAUUCUCUAAAGUCACACAAAGAAUUACAUUCUGAGGAGAAACUCUAUCAAUGCUCACACUGUGAUAAACGUUUCCAUCAAAAAACGAAUCUGAUGCGUCAUGAGAGAAGGCACUCUGGAGAGAAACCUUACCUCUGCUCUCAGUGUGGAAAGAGCUUUUUUACUCGAGGUCAGUUGAGUUAUCAUGUGAGAGUGCACACGGGAGAAAAACCUUAUAACUGUAGUGUUUGUGGGAAGAGUUUCAGUCAUCACUCUAAUUUAGUGAUGCACCAGAGGACACAUACUGGAGAAAAACCGUACAAAUGCACUCAGUGUGACAAAACGUUUGCUCAUCCAGCUAGCUUGAAAAAUCAUCAGAGAGUGCACACAGGAGAGAAACCUUACAGCUGCUCCAUCUGCGGGGAGAGAUUCACUUAUAUAGGAAGUUUUCACACUCACAAGAAGAAACAUGCUAAAGAACAAGCUGUCCUGGAAUCAUCAUAGCAUCUUUUCAUGGCUCAAGGUGUGAAAAGUUUUCAGUUCAAUCAUUAUAUUGAAUAUUGAUGAACAUUCUUAAUCAAAUUAAGCAAUAUCGUGGGUAUCACCAUGAUUUUAAUGCACUUUUUAUUUGGUGACUUUGGGUCCCUUUCCUAAACAGCAUGUCAUUAGACUAAUUUCAUAAUCUUUCAGGCAUGCACAAUUAUUUAACAAAGUUAUUACUUAAUGUUUGGAAAUGUUAUUAUUUAUGAUGUGAAAGUGUAUCAGAAAAUGUAGAAAGUAAUUCCAAAUAUUUUGUAGAUAUUUUCAAUUGAAUAAUUUGGCAAAUUGGGACCGUAUACCAAGACAUUUAAAAAAUAAUUAAGAGUUUAUUAUGAACUUUCAUACAGUAGCAAUAAUAAUGGUUUAAAGGCAGUGCAAUGAAUAAUGCAAUGUAUGUGCAUGUAAUGAAAGAAAAAUUAAAGUCUUUAUUCCAAUAUUAAUGUAGCAUAAAUAUGAAACAAAUUAAUGUCUCUUUUUUCCCCUUUUUUGAUGAUUUGUUUUAGUUUAGCACCUUUUGUAUUGUGGAUGUGCAUGCUUUGAGGUUUUAUAAUUGUCUUCAAGCCUAUUUAUUGUUCCAAACAAGAUUAUAAUUUAUUCAGGUAUUGAACUUUAUCUAUUUUUCAGUGGGAAUUUUUCCUGUCUUUAGUAUAUUUAAAAAAUUACAAUGUUUAUCUGAAUGGAUAUUUAAAGGAGAAAUAACUACUUGAAUUUUAAUUUUUAAUUAAACACAUGGAUCUGUCAAUCCUUGUGUAAACAUAUGCUGCAAACUAAAUAAAUACAACUAAAAUGCAAAAAGUAAAUAUAAAUAGUGUUUCAGAUUGAAUAUUUGUCCCACUUUACCAGUUUUGCCUGGAAAAAAAACGAGGUUUGUUUAAUAAAGAGUGCUGAAUUGACGCAACGUGCACUUGGUUAAAAUUUCAUAUCUUUUGUUUUAUGGAAAUGUACAUAGAAAUGCAUGUAUCAAAUACAAUAUGCCAGGCUUUUGAGGCACAUCUCUCAAUCAAUUACAUUCCAUUUAU